AUGUGUUCCCUGUAUCCUUACGUGUUGAAAUACAAACCGUUUCCCAUCGACCAUCCUCAAGUCAUCACCAGCGAUUUCGCCGAUGUGAGAGAGUACUUUGGCUUCAUUCGUUGCCGCGUCCUCCCACCCCGAGGUCUGUAUCAUCCCGUGCUACCCUACAAGACAGGAGGAAAAUUACUCUUCCCCUUAUGCCGAACCUGCGCCAAUUAUCGCAACUUUGGACCCGACGAUCGAUGCAGUCACACCGAUUCAGAAUGCAGUCUGACCGGAACCUGGGUGACCGUAGAAGUACACAAAGCUCUAGAUCUCGGCUAUCGGCUCGAGUGCAUCCACGAAGUCUGGCAUUUUGAAAAGACCAGCCAGGAUUUGUUUCGAUCUUACAUCGACACUUUCUUGAAGAUCAAACAAGAAGCCUCCAGAUUUCCCGAUGAAUGUCAAACGUGCGAACAGAAAAAAGAAUACAUCAGUGAGAUCCAGCGCCGAGAAGGCAUCUUCAUGAAUCUAAUAGAUAUUCAGAAAAAACCCGUCCGUAGAACCAUUGCCAAACUCUUUUUAAAUUGUCUCUGGGGGAAAUUUGCACAACGAUUACAGUUACCACAAACACAGUAUUUAACCGAAGAAGAAGAAUUACAGAAAAAAUUACAAGAUGCCACUCUAGAAAUCAAAGGAGUCGAGCUGCUGGAAAAUCGAGAUCACCCCGAAACCGACAUGAUGCUGAUCAAUUAUCAGGAAAAAGAAGAAUUUUUAGAAGACUGUUCUUUUGGCAAUGUGGUGUUAGCGUGUUUUACCACCGCACACGCUCGUUUACAUCUCUAUGAGACUCUAGAGCCUUUGGGGGAUCGCGUCCUCUACUUCGAUACCGACAGCAUCAUUUACCAACACGAUGAGAGUCGGUUCAACCCCACCAUCAUCAACAGCUUAGGAGGUUGGACCGAUGAAUUGGGUGGUGACCACAUCGUCAAAUACAUGUCGGGAGGACCUAAAAAUUACGCGUAUGAGACCCAGGGCGGAAAAUCAAUGUGUAAAGUCAAAGGUUUGACGCUCAAUUAUCGAGCUUCCAGGAUCGUUUCCCUCACCACCUUAGAAAAAAUGUUGAAAUGGGAGGAAGAAGUCAACGUGCGUUACCCCCACUUUAUUCAAAGAACACGUCAUCACGAUGUUCGCACCAUCCCCUUAGUAAAGAAAUACCGCGUGGUGUACGACAAGAGACAACGGGUUCACCAUUACAACACCCUCCCUUACGGGUAUUAA